CCUCAAAACCUCUCUCUUCCAAGGAGAGACGACAAGCGAGCCGGAGUCCACCUAGCGAUGGAGCCCGCGGCCACAGAUCCGACCGGAGACGCCUUGGCGGCGGCGGCGGCGGCAUCGUCGCUCGUCUUCCUGGGCACUGGCUGCUCCGGCGCGCUCCCGGACGCGCGGUGCCUCAUCCAGCCGUCCGCGCCGCCGUGCACCGUCUGCUCCCAGGCCCUCUCCCUCCCGCCGGACCGGAACCCCAACUACAGAUGCAACACGUCCCUCUUGAUAGACUAUUGCCACGACAAUGACACGCAUAAGUACAUUCUAAUUGCUGUCGGCAAGACCUUUAGAGAACAAGUUCUCCGGUGGUUUGUUCACCACAAAGUUCCUUCCGUUGACUCGAUUAUUCUGACUCAUGACCAUGCGGAUGCUGUCUUAGGUCUUGUCGAUGUUUGGGUGGUACAGUCAAGUAACCAUAGAAAUGAUGUUGAUGAUCAAGUCGCAGUUUUCCUCACCCAGUUCACGAUGGACAGUGUUGCAGCAAGAUUCCCAUACUUCGUGAAACGAGAGCUUGAGGAAGGCGAUGAAACCGCUCGACUCGACUGGACCAUAAUUGAGAGUGAUGUCAACAAACCAUUUGUAUCAUCAGGACUAGAAUUUGUGCCAUUGCCAGUCAUGCACGGAGAGGGUUAUGUUUGUUUAGGCUUUCUUUUUGGGAGGAAAGCAAGAGUGGCAUAUUUAUCUGAUGUCUCAAGAAUUCUCCCUAGAACUGAGCACACAAUUUCAAAGUCUGGUGCUGGACAACUUGACCUUCUUAUACUAGAAACUAACCAAUUACAUGGGGUGGGAAAUGGUCGGAGUUGCCAUCUUACUCUUAGUGAGACUCUUAUGCUAUCAAGAGGAUAUGCCUUAAGAAAGCCCUGCUGAUUGGAAUGAACCAUGAGUUUGAACAUCACAGAGAAAACCGCAUGCUGACGGAAUGGUCACACAGAGAAGGGAUUCCGGUACAACUAGCCCACGACGGCCUGCGGAUCUUCAUCGAUCUGUAAUAGUAAGAUUGUUGCAAGUGUAAUCCAAUUUCCUUCGCUUAUUUCAAAUGGAAACAUGGUUGCCAUUGAUGCUAUAUUUUGUGUGGCAUACCUACGUCUGGCUGUAACUGCUCCCACUUGACGUUGACUGGAUAGACACAUUUCAUCUGCAGCUGCUUCCACUUUUUGCGCUCCUGGUUGAACACGUCCUGAUCCUCUUGUUCGUCCUUCUUGCUGUACCGCUUAAGGUUCUUUGAGAUACCCUCCUGUCAGGGUCAGUACUGACGGUGGCCUUGGGCGCCAUUGGAACUGUGCCGUCAUGCAAAGGGCAGAGGAUUACUACAGCGGGAUACAGGCAUACAACAAUGCCUGGAUUCAGAGAACAAAGGAUGGAAGCUCUAUCUGGUACAAGUGAUCCUUUGACACCUUGUAAAUUUCCAUGACA